AUACGUCAAAACAAGCGUAAUAAUAAAUAUAGUGAAUAGGUAUUUUAAUAUCUUUAAAUUUUGUCAAAAUGGCAAAAUUUUGUUUAAAAGAUAGUGAAAAAUAUUACCUCACACUUUCGGAACGACCUAAAAGAUUCCACGCUGAUAGCCCUGUAACUAACGUGUUCUUUGACGACACCAAUGGACAAGUAUUCACAGUUAGAUCAGGCGGAGUAACUGGAGUCACGGUCAAUGGCAUGGACGACUCUAAAUGCACAUCAUUUAGAAUGGAAGACAAAGGUCCCAUCAUCUCUAUAAAAUUUUCUCCAGAUCAUAAAGUUCUAGCAAUACAGAGGAAUCUUGAAGGUCAAAAUGCCACAGUCGAGUUUGCCAACUUCAAGGAUCUCAUGCCAACAAACGUUGAAUACUGUCAUAUAUGUAAAUGGAAAAACGCGAAAAUAUUAGGUUUUGUGUGGCCCAAAGCCAACGAAAUAGCUUUUAUAACAGACCAUGGCAUAGAAUUGUCACAAGUACUGCCAGAAAAGAAACAAUUGAAGACAUUAAAGAGCACUUCGUUCAGCGCUGCCUGGUUUUCUUGGUGUCCACAGAGCAAUAUAAUAUUAUUGGCCGGCAACAAUGGAAUUCUGCUUCAACCUUUCUCUCUGAACAACUCUACUAUAACAAAGCUACAGAAAUUGGAAGUGGAGUCUUCUCGGCCGGUUAUGGAGCGUGAUGUGUUUGUGUUACGUCUCUGUGGUGCCGCUUGGUGUGCACUCUUCAAACACGGACCUGUCUCCAACACCACAUCCAGUCCUGGACCCACUGAGGUAUGGUUGGUCCCCAUAUCUGGUGGAGGAGCCGUCCAGCACGUCCUCAAGACGGGGCUGGUGGGGAGGUUCGCUGUCAGUGUGAUCGAUGACUUAGUGGUCAUUCAUCACCAGUCCAGUCAGACCUCACUCAUAUUCGACAUAAUGGAAGAAGCGAAGCCAGAAAACAACACAGUAGUCCACAAACCUAUAGUACAGGGUAUAUCAAUGAGACCAGCUGUUGUUGAUGAACAGACCUGUCCGAUGUACUCCGGUAACUGGGUGGUGUUUCAACCACAUUAUGUGAUCGAUGCCAGGCUCGGCUGUCUGUGGAGGCUGGAGCUCAACCUAGCUGGCCUGGCGCAUGAGGUUCCAAAGGAGGAUAUCUCCAACAUAGUCGGUGUUCUGUUGAGAAGGAACAACAGCAAGGAAACCAUCUACAGGAUCCUGAACCAGCUCGUGGAACACGCUGGGACCUACCUCAUGGAACUCACUCACUGCUUUGAUGAGAUCAACGCUGUCUAUAGACGAUGGGCGGAUUUGGAGGUGGCUCGCAACACGGCAGGCUGCCCGCCACCCGCCCAGGGACACUUCCCCGCCCUCGUGUCGCAGGCUGACAUGUGCACACACGUCCUGUACAAACACUCCCACACACUACUAGUGCAGGUGGUGACGGCAUACUUGUCGUCUCUGUCCCGUUACGAGCUGGUGGUGCAGCACGCGGUGUGCGAGCUGGUGGUGCGGUCGCUGGUGAGGGCUGGCGAGGGCGGGCGGCUGCGGGCGCUGGUGAGGCGCGGCGCCCUACAGGACGGGCGACCGCUCGCCUGCCAACUGCUCAGCCUGGGACACUUGGACCCCGCCGCCGCGCAAGUGGCGCUCGACAUGAUGUGGAGGCUGAGGGCUUAUGGGGAGAUAGUGGAGGUGCUGCUGAGUCGUGAGGAGCCGGUGAGCGCCGCUGGUGCCGCUCGCCAGGCCGGCGCCUGGGGUUCGCUGGCGGCGAGGAAACUGCUGUCCGCGGCCCAGCAGCACUCGCGGCCCGAAACAUUCCUCGCCAUAUACCACGCACUGAGAACCCGCAACGAAAGACUGAGAGGAACACCGGACUUCCUCACUGAGGAACAAUGCGGAGCUUACAUCGAGUACUACAAACAACUCAUGUCCGAGUCUUGAGUUUUGAAACUAUUAAAUGCUAUCCAAACGUCAUAUUGAUGACAUGGUUGUAGUAAAAUAAAGAUAUGUACUAUAUAUAAAGUUAAAUUAAGCUAAAUAGUACUAAUAAAGUUAACCUGUGACGGAAUAUGUUAUGAAAUCUGUGAUCUUUAUUGUUAAUACGUUUUAGUGACAGCAGAUUUAUGUAUAAUUUACGUUAUUUUAAUAAACUAUCCGAAUAAUCA